UCUGUACCAGCUCUCCACUGCUCUCCUCUAUAAGGUGCGGAUUGCGAGGUCUUCGUCAGUCUCUGGUGAUGGAAAUGAAACCUGAGAAGCUUUUGGAAGCGCGAAGCGAUCAAAAGAAGGAGAAAACGCAAGAACAAGAAGCAAGAUUAGUUAGGUCUUAGCCUUCGAGGUCAGAGAGAGGGCUGAGCCGAAUCAGAUAUUUCUAUUCCGGUCAAUCAAUCUGAGUUAGGAAAGAGUCAAAGUUGAUGAAACUUCAUCCCCAAUGGAUUUAAUCUUAUCACGUUUAGAGAUGGAAAAACUCUGCAUAUUUUGCCAUCUCUUGGUUGCUUUGCUGCUGUUUUCUUUCUUCCCAAUCUCAAAAUCCCGAGCUGUUGAAACCCAAGCGCUUCUCCAAUUCAAAAGUUAUUUUGAAGAUCCCUUGAACUAUCUGGAAAACUGGAAAGCUUCCCAGUCUCCCUGUACAUUUUCUGGUGUCAUUUGUGAUUCCAAUUCAGUGGAAGUUAUUGGAAUCUCACUUGCUAACAAAAGCCUUUCUGGUGAAAUCUCUCCAUCAGUUUUCAGUCUCCGGAGUCUGAAAUCUUUAGAUAUGGGAUCAAACUCCAUUGCCGGCACCAUUCCCUCUGAACUCGUUCUCUGCACUAGUCUUCAACUUCUGAACCUUUCAUACAAUCGCUUAGCCGGCCAGUUGCCAGAUCUUUCCCCCUUGAAGGACUUACAAAUUCUUGAUCUGUCAUCCAAUUACUUCUCUGGAAGAUUCCCAGAGUGGGUUGGGAAUCUAUCAAAUUUGGUUCAACUUGGUCUAGCCUUGAAUAACUUUGAUGAGGGAAAGAUUCCAUGGAAUAUUGGAAGUUUAAAGAAUUUGACAUAUCUUUUCUUGGCACGAUGCAAUUUCACUGGGGAGAUACCUCCUUUGGUUUUUGAAUUGAGAGCACUUGAAACUUUAGAUCUCUCCAUGAACAAACUUACAGGUGAAUUUCCUAAGGAAAUUGUAAAUAUGCCCAGCCUUUACAAGAUUGAACUCUACCAGAACAAGUUAACUGGGGAGAUUUCGCCUGAAAUUGCAAAACUCACUAACUUGCAAGAAAUUGACAUUUCUCAAAACAAUAUAUUCGGGAAGCUGCCAUCCGAAAUGGGCAAUCUGAAGAACCUUACAGUGAUCCAUUUGUUUCAAAAUAAUCUCUGGGGAGAAAUACCUGAAGGAUUUGGAGACUUACAGCAUCUCAAAGCCUUCUCUGUUUACUUGAAUAAUUUUUCAGGAGAAUUUCCCCAAAACCUCGGUCGGUUCUCUCCUCUCAAUAGUUUUGACAUAUCAGAGAAUAAUUUUUCUGGUGCAUUCCCAAGGUUCUUAUGUGAAAACGAUAAUUUGCAGUACCUACUGGCUUUAGAUAAUAAUUUCUCUGGUGAAUUUCCUAAUUCAUAUUCUACUUGUAAAACAUUAAUACGGUUCAGGGUCAGCAAAAAUAGUUUCAAUGGAACCAUAGCCAACGGAUUAUGGGGGCUACCAAAUGCUGUCAUCAUUGACUUUGCCGAUAACAAUUUCAGUGGACUGAUUCCUUCAGUGAUUGGUAGUUCAAGUAGUUUGACUCAGCUCUAUGUGCAGAACAAUAGAUUCUCCGGUCAAAUUCCUAUUGAGAUUGGAAAGCUUUCUCAUUUACAGAAGUUAUAUGCUUUCAAUAAUUUGUUUUCUGGCUACAUACCAUCUCAAAUUGGACAACUCAAACAUUUAACAUCUUUGCAUUUGGAAAAAAAUGGGCUGACUGGGCUUAUUCCAUAUGAACUCAGUAACUGCACUGAAUUGGUGGAGAUAGAUCUUGCUCAGAACUCAAUAGGUGGUAUAAUUCCGGAACCACUUUCCUCAUUAACUUCUCUAAAUUCUCUUAAUCUAUCACAAAACCUUAUUACAGGGUUCAUUCCAGAAGGUUUACAGGCUCUUAAGCUGAGUUCCAUUGACUUUUCUAAGAACCAGCUGUCAGGAGAAGUCCCUCCAGGUCUUUUAAUGAUCGCUGGAAAUAAGGCUUUCUAUGAUAAUCCAGGUCUUUGUAUUGAUGGAAGUUUAAAAAGCCAAUGGCGAGAUGGUUUGGGAAUUUGCAGCUUUAGUGGCAAACAUGGAUAUGUUCUGGGAAAGAAAACCUUUCUUGUAGCCGUUAUAUUAUCAUUAUUGUGUAUACUUCUGACCGGAUUGGUAGUUGUAACAUAUAGGAGCUUUAAGCGGGAAGAAUCAAGAAGAAGGAAGAAUUUGGAGAAAGUCAUUGAGAAUGAUGGGAAGUGGAAACUGGAAUCUUUCCAUCCAACAGAUCUUGAGGUUGAGGAAAUCUGUAAUUUGGAAGAGGUUAAUUUACUUGGAAGUGGGGGUACUGGCAAGGUUUAUAAACUAGAUCUCAAGAAUAAAGGAACAGUGGCAGUUAAACAACUUUGGAAGGAUGAUGGUGCAAAAGUUUCAAUUGCAGAAAUAGAUAUCCUUGGAAAGAUCAGACAUAGAAACAUACUCAAACUUUAUGCCUGCUUAUCAAGAGAUGGGUUAAAUUUUCUUGUUUUUGAGUAUAUGCAGAAUGGGAAUUUGUAUUGUGCUCUACGACGUGAAAUCAAGGUUGGGCAGCCAGAGUUGAACUGGCACAAACGGUAUAAGAUUGCCGUUGGUGCUGCAAAAGGAAUCAUGUAUCUCCACCAUGAUUGUUCUCCAGCCAUCAUUCACAGGGAUAUAAAAUCCACCAAUAUCUUGCUUGAUGAGGAAUAUGAAGCCAAAAUUGCUGAUUUUGGCAUAGCAAAGAUCAUAGAGGAUGAAGAUUUGAAUUGUUUUGCUGGUACUCAUGGCUACAUGGCUCCUGAAUUGGCAUACUCUUUAAAGGUGACUGAGAAGAGCGAUGUGUACAGCUUUGGCGUCGUUCUUCUCGAGCUACUCACUGGUCGUAGCCCGAUCGAACCUCAAUAUGGGGAAGGAAAAGAUAUUGUCUACUGGGUCUCUUCUCUCCUCAACAGCUCGAAACUUUCAGAAAUUCUGGAUCCUAAAAUCUCCAAAUUUGCAGAAGAAGACAUGAUCAAAGUAUUGAAGGUCGCCGUCCUUUGCACCACCACGUUGCCGUCACUCCGGCCGACCAUGCGGGAGGUGGUGAACAUGCUCGUUGAUGCUGGUUCAACCAAUACGAGAGAGAAGGUUAAGAAUUAUGGUAACAAAACUUAGCUCUCUGUUCAGCAGGUCUUUUUUUCCUUGCUGCUAUGGUGAUAUAUCACUUUAUUAGUAGGUAGUAUUUAAGUAGCAUAAAUUAGGAUUUGGUGUGUAUUUUUGUGUAAUAUAUUCACCUUUUUAUCAAGUGUUCCAUGAAUUGCUGCCUUUCUAUAAUUUUUUUUGUAAAUUAUUGUUAUGUAAUAUCCCACUUCUCUUAUUUAAAA